AUGCCAUUACCGUUCAACCAGGAAUCAUGGAUCUGGUAUACAUGCGCUGUAUGCAUGAUUGGGGCAAGACUGAUUUCGCGAAAAAUGCUCUUUCGAUCCGUCAAAGGCUUACAGAUCGAUGACUGGACCAUGGGCCUCUUCGUCACCGCCGCCUAUACUGUUAUGAUUGUGCUCGCGAAUCGGUGGCUGAAAGUCCAAUCGAACCUGGAACCGGAGAAUUUCGACUUCAGCGCACUGACUAUGGAAGAACUAUCGAGACGACGAUUCGGGAGCAAGCUCGUGGUCGUUGUAGAGCAGAUGCAUAUCGCUGUGAUCUGGGCCUGCAAAGCAUGUCUUUUGGUCAUGUACCAUCGCAUAACACGGACGGCGCUUCAGAAAGAGAACAUCGCCAUCAAACUGCUCGCCGUGUAUACCGCAGUUGGAUUCGUCGUGAUAGAGGUCCUCUACUUCUCAGCCUGGUGUCGACCCUUUUCUGCAUACUACGCAGUGCCGACCACGUCCUUCCAGUGCAACGCCCUGGUACACCACCGCAUCACCAAAGCUGUAUUCAACAUAUCCUCGGAUUUGAUCAUGCUAUGUAUUGCAUUGCAGAUGCUCAUCCGAUCCUUGCUACCCAUGAAGAGAAAGCUUAUACUCUGUGGCAUCUUCUCUCUCGGUAUCUUUGUCGUGGCUGCGAGCAUCAUGAACAGCUACUACUCCUUCAGCAAUCCUUACAAAUCCACGUGGAUCUACUGGUACGUCCGAGAAUCUUCGACAGCCAUCCUUGUUGCCAAUCUGCCGUUCACAUGGACAAUACUGAGGGAACUGUUCGACAUGGGUAACUUCGAUGACACGAACCCUCCCCCAUGGACCUAUCACUCUGCUCGUACGGCUGGAGGUCGCAAAACGGCACAACUUCUUCACCAUCAGUCCGCGACAACAGCCGCACGUACAGGAGUCAGACGAUCCCCGAACAACAGUAAUGGCAGCAAGAUGACGCAGAGUAUGACCAUGGUUGCUUCAAAUAUUACAAAAGACCAAACCAAAUCGCCUGCUAUCAGCGACAGGUCUGAUUUUGCAAAGGAGGAUCUACUUCAAGAAGCCAUCCAGUCCCAUGACUUCGCGCCCGCAGUACUACGUACCAGUAAAGAUGGUAUUGUCGACAUCGACCUGGAAACAGGGCUUGUUGAGGAAGUCAAUGCGCGACCAGUCUCUCCAGAUCACGCGCAGCAACGCAACAAGCUCGUCUCGGCCCCGCCUACGAUUACCCAAGAUGGUACUGGGGGCUUCUACGUCAACGACCACCCUAUCUCACCACCUUCGCGUGCGCAUCUCGUCCUUUCGAUGAGUGGAACGCGGGAUAGCAGUCUAUCAAGCGCGCACAGGAGACCUUACAGUCCGACAUCGAGCCUUGUCAGCGGUGCUACAGGGAGUCGACGAGGGAGUGCAUCGACCCAGGGUGGAGUGGCUGGGCACACCGCGGGGGGAGGCAGGAGUGCGAGAGAUCGAAGAGCGAGAACCAAGUUGAAUGAGUAG